CGGUAUUUCUCGGGUUCCCGACUCCUUAGCGCGAGGCGGAACCUUCCUGCAGCUCAGCCUCCGCGGACGCUGCUGUUUGGACGGAAGCUCCCGCGGGGCGACCCUCAUCCGGCUGCGGCUUGGCGGAAGAUGGCGGGGCUCGAGCCGCCGCUGCCGCGAGGAGGCCCAGGCUCCGCUUCGCUCUCCCCGCCCCGGGGAGACCGCACCCUCCUCGUCAGGCACCUGCCGGCCGAGCUGACGGCCGAGGAGAAGGAGGACUUGCUGAAGUACUUCGGGGCGCAGUCGGUGCGCGUCCUGUCCGAUAAGGGGCGCCUGAAACAUACAGCAUUUGCUACUUUCCCUAAUGAAAAAGCGGCAAUAAAGGCGUUGACAAGACUCCAUCAACUGAAACUUCUAGGUCAUACUUUAGUUGUUGAAUUUGCAAAAGAGCAAGAUCGAGUUCAUUCCCCCUGUCCCAGUUCAAAUACAGAGAAAAAGAAAAGGUCAGAUGACAUUGUGGAAGAUGAUAAAGAGAAGAAAGAACCUGACUUUUUAACAAUAGAAAAUGGAAUUGCACCAAAUCAUGGGCUGACUUUUCCUCUGAAUUCAUGCCUCAAAUAUAUGUACCCACCACCUUCAAGCACAAUCCUUGCAAAUAUAGUAAAUGCUUUGGCAAGUGUGCCCAAAUUCUAUGUACAGGUGCUUCAUCUUAUGAAUAAAAUGAAUUUGCCCACACCAUUUGGACCUAUUACUGCACGACCCCCUAUGUAUGAGGACUAUAUGCCAUUGCAUGCACCCCUUCCACCUACAUCGCCUCAACCACCCGAGGAGCCUCCCUUACCAGACGAGGAUGAGGAUUUAUCUAGUAAAGAGUCAGAGUAUGAAAGCACUGACGAGGAGGACCGGGAGAGAAUGAACAAACUAAUGGAGCUAGCAAAUCUUCAGCCCAAAAGACCCAAAGCCACAAAGCCACGCCAAGUGAGAAAAAAGCGAAAAUUAAAGGACAUGUUGAAUAUACCUUCAUCAAGUUCACAAAGUUUGCAUCCUGUGCUGUUACCAUCAGAUGUAUUUGACCAACCACAACCUGUAGGUAAUAAAAAAAUUGAAUUCAAUAUAUCUAACAACAUGCCAGCGGCAUUUAAGAAAGAUUUGGAGAAGGAGCAGAAUAAUGAAGAAAAGAAAUCUGAUUCACCAGACACUGGGCUUGAUGACUCAAAUACGGGAUUUGGAAAAAUCUUCCCCAAACCUAAUUUGAACAUCACAGAAGAGGUUAAAGACGAUUCUGAUGAAAUGCCUUCAGAAUGUAUUUCUCGAAGGGAGUUGGAAAAGGGUCGAAUUUCUAGAGAAGAAAUGGAAACCCUUUCGGUUUUCAGAAGUUACGAACCUGGUGAACCAAACUGCCGAAUUUAUGUAAAGAAUUUAGCUAGACAUGUUCAAGAAAAGGACCUUAAAUAUAUCUUUGGAAGAUACGUUGACUUUUCUUCAGAAACACAACGGAUAAUGUUUGAUAUUCGCUUGAUGAAAGAAGGACGCAUGAAAGGACAAGCUUUUAUUGGACUUCCAAAUGAGAAAGCCGCAGCCAAAGCCUUAAAAGAAGCUAAUGGCUAUGUUCUUUUUGGAAAACCCAUGGUGGUUCAGUUUGCUCGAUCAGCUAGACCAAAACAAGACUCUAAAGAAGGAAAACGAAAGUGAGAGGAAUGGAUAAAGAAGCACUCCUGCGUACACACCGCUGUAAUACUGUCAUACAAGCGUAUCCUUUCUUGUUGUAUCCUUUGUGGGCAGUGGUUGUGUUUCAGGUCGUCUUCUAGAAUGCUCUGUCUACCUCUCUCUAGAGUGAGCAGCAC